UGACUUGUAUUUGUAAACACAACUUUUGGCGGUAAAAGUGUGAGUGACUGAUUGAGGACGGCUCGCUCACUCUACCCAGUCCACUCCUCCCCUGUACCUGCUACCCAGCCUCACCAACACCUCCACUCUCCCUCAGAGGACACUGGUGAGGAUGGAGUUUGGAGGCAGAAGAGCAUUGCGAAGGAAGCGCAUACAGGCUGAAGCCUCCUAUUCCUCUGGGCUUCAGUUUUACAAAGAGCCUCCCACAGGAAAUGUUUCUCUCACUGAAUUUGAUGAAAUGGCCUUUGAAAGACUGAAAGUUCUGAGAGCCGUGGAGCGUUUGAACCUCAGCGGUUACAUAAAGAAUUCAGAGGAGUGGAUCACCAAACUCUAUGAAGAAUUUGCAAAGAACAAGUUUUUCAUCAUUCUGGCUGAGAAGAACACCAAAAGUAAUACUGACGAGGUGCAGAAGGCGCGGCGGCAGGACCACGUGUCUCACUUCAUCCUGCGUCUGGCCUACUGCCGCACCGAGGAGCUGCGGCGCUGGUUCAUCACCCACGAGACAGACCUGUUCAAGGCGCGCUUCCUCCAGGCCACCAGGAUUGGCUCAGACAUCAGGAACUUCUUGGCCAUCAACAACCUCCAUUACACAUCGAUCACAGCCGAGGAGAAGCAGAGUGAGCGGGAGAACUUGUUGGCCAGCAGCAUGAACGUCACCGGGGACACCAUGGAGGGAAUGACGUUCUAUAAGGUUCCUUUCAUCGAUGCACUGGAGUUGGUGAGGCAGAGAAAGGUGUUCCUAAAGCAAGGCUACGCGUACGUCCCAGAGACUGACCUGGCCACCCUCGUCACCAGUUCCUUCAGGAGCAAGCUGUCCCAUGAUAUGACUACCACCUGCCGAGCACUGCCUGAGCUGGACAGUGAUGAGCGGCUGGUGAAUCUCCUGCACGACUUUGACCAGCGCUACACCGGCAAGGACUACUCCUCCAAGAAGCAUGGCGACACCUGCCGCAUCACCCCAGACAUGAUCGACACCCUGGCCAACAAAUCCUUCCCACCGUGCAUGCGGCAAUUGAACGACACCCUGCGCACCACACACCACCUCAAGUACAACGGCCGCGUCAUCUACGGUCUGUUCCUCAAGGCUGCCGGACUCAACCUGGAGGACGCUCUCUUCUUCUGGAGGUCCCACUUCCUCAAGAACAUGGACGUUGACACAUUUGAUAAGAGGUAUUCGUACGGCAUUCGGUACAACUAUGGCAAGGAGGGCAAGAAGACUGAUUUCUCCCCCUAUGGUUGUAUAAAGAUCAUCAUGGGCAACAUUGCACCUGGCGACGUCCACGGCUGUCCCUUCAAGCACUCCGAUGUUGCCAUUCUGCGGCAGCGGCUGGUGGCCUACAAAGUGUCUAACCAAGUUAUUGAUGAGAUCAUGGAGCUGGUGAACAAGCGGCACUAUCAGAUAGCGUGUCAGCGUUACUGGGAGAGCAUACACGGCGUACCCAUCGACGCCGGCAUCAACCACCCCAACCAGUUCUUUGAGGAGAGCCAGAAGUUCCUGAAUGGAGGGGUGCAGCCCAGCCAAGGAAAGAAGCAGUCAGAGGUGAAGACCACCCCGACAUUCAUGUAUUCCUCCCAGUCAUCCACUCAGUCAUCCACUCAGUCCUCCACUCAGCCCUCCACUCAGCCAGCCACUCAGCCCUCAGGAGGCAACACCAUGACUGUCUCGGAGGAGAUUGACAUGUACUUUGAUGAUGACAUUGAGGCGGCCAUGUUGGAACAGUGCAUGGAGUAAUCAGAGAACUGUGUGGAGACAUUGCCUUGUGGAUUUGUGCUUUAUAGUAGAGUAUUUUGUGUAUGGAUAUGAUUAUUGAACACAUGGAUGAUUAUUAUAUUUGUAUGCUUUGAUACAUAAAGUAUAUACUAACUAA